AUGAAAGGCCGACAAAGAAGAGAGAGAGAGCCGUCGUUUGUUGAUGACUGGCGGAUGAGGCAUAAUAUUGUCACGGGGUUUCCAGCUCUCGGUGUCGGCGCAUUAGGCGCCCCCGGGCCAGCGGUCACGUUCCCGGGCUGCUCAUCAACGUCGAGCCUGGCCGAAGAUAUGGUUUUUCCGAGUGACGGGGUUCAGUCGUCGUCGUCGGCGAGGGGGAGGGGGGUUGCUUUGAUUAUUGCGGAUCCCGGGGUACGGGUCUCGGGGUUGUUGAGCACCGCGGCUGCGAUUUUCGGCGAUGGGCCUCCGGGGCCGGAUAGCGCCGGGUCCGUCGUUGGACCGACAGUCCUGGAUUCAAUCCUGUUGUUGACACUCUCCCUGGGUCUGUGUGUGGCCAGCAUGUGUCAUCCCUUCGACAUGACCGACAUCACCUUCGCCGCAAUCGUCAGAAGCAGAGAAACUCACGGCGACCGACGAGCCAACGAAUCUUCCUCCAUCACGUCGAAAUCGUCACGACCGACAGCGAGCAGUGAUGACGCCGAGUGCAGAGCCCACGGCGUCGACACUUCCACGACUUCCGGCGAUCGUUUACCUGAGCCAGGUGGUCUCCAUUUUGGAUAAACGAGUGAAAAAAAACGUGGAAAAAAUGCAGAACUCAUAAAACACCAAGGGAAAGAAAUAAUUGAUUAUUCCGGACCGACGAGGAACAGUGUGGGGACAACAGAAAAUAAAAAAAGAGUUACCGCUUCCCCGAUCGAGACGGAAGCGAGGAUGAACCGACGGCGAAUAUGUGGGUGGGAAAAUGCGAAGCGGAAACUGCUAUUUGGCGUGACGUGACUUGACGUGACGUGACGAGCGUCGACGACGACGAUGAGGAGCGGGAAAAGGAGGAGAUGAGUGAGAAAAACGUGUACUGACGAGACGGGCGUGCAAACAAGUUUUAUUUCAUCUCCCCGCGUUGUGUAAGGGGUACCUUGUUAAUUCGCGGCGGCUUCCAAAACGGCAGAAACUGUCGGAAAUCGUUCCCCAUUGUUUGACCCCUCCAUGGUAAAAAAAAAAAACUUGCUGACAUUUCCAUCUCGAACCCCAAGAAAGCGUCUCUCUAUCUCGCUCUUCGGAUUCCUUGCGUACAGUGGAACCUCUGUUCUCCAGGUUGUCUACUUUUGAACGAUAAAAAAGUCUUGGCAGAUCUAAAAUAAAAUGUUCCAACAUUAUUGCUCGUGAACCUGCACUGUGACCUUGCCCCAAAUAUUCUCCGUUUGAGCAGCGCCGAAGUUUAUCCCUACAUUUUCCGGAAGGAAUCCUUCUUUCAAAUCAGCUUCAAUUUGGAAUCCUGAAAACGUUCAAUUUAAAACAGGCAGUUUUGAAACAUACGCUUGAAAAAAUGACAGAGACUGCCAUGUCCGAGGUUUUGAUGAGUAUAUUAUCGUAUCUUUGAAGAUAUUAAUUCUCCACGCUUGGCUUUUUCAACAGGAAGUCCACGAUUUCAGCCCAAACAUUCCGUUUUAUCAAUAUUUAGAAAAAAUCUUGCAGACAAUUGCAGCAAGGAAAUUAAUAUGACAAUAACUUGAUAUUUUCUUGUCCACGAAUGUUUUGGAAAACGUUGGAGUCUGCGACUAUACCCAGGACAUGAACAAACCCUUGCUCACCAUCAGUAGACUAACCACAGAUGGAAUUCUUGGAAAAUUCUCACACUCACUUUCAGAAGCACUAAAAAUUCCCAAGAGAAGGCAAAUCACUUUAAAACAUGUUGCAUAGCAUUAUUUACAUGACUUUGUACUUGUCUUCUCUCAAUUCCAACCUGGACAAACAAAAAUCGACAGACAUGUAGUAUUAAUUUUUUAAAAUAUAUUAUCUUCCAUUUAUGUUUCCCUCGGAUAAUUUCCAAUUAUGAUCAGUAAAAUGUUUGCAAAAAUUAUCAACCUCGUCAAGCCCUCGUACUUCAUUCGAACAACAAUUUUGGAUCUUUCUGAUCCAUUCAUCCCCAGUUUCCAUGGCGUUACGCGCUCUUCUAUACACACGAACGAAAUUUUUAUAAUUUCAAGAAGUGCAAUAAAUAGUCGGAAAUACAGAAGCACGGAUAACAGAGGUUCUGCUGUACUAUGAUUCAGUCUGGAAACAAUUAAUAUUAAUUGAGUUGUUAGACCCCGAAAGCACCACGUCGAUCGUCGACGCGGAAGGAAAAUCACGGUGAACUUCGAUGUGAUUGUGUGUUUUUUUGUACGCAUUCGGGCAUUCCUGCAACCAUAUUUUCCCGUCUCGUCAAUCAAACGCGUGCAUCUGCUGCAAAUGGGAACUUCAGCAAUCGAUCGUUUGUAAAUUUUUCAAAUUCGAAUCUCGCUGAAAAAAGAAAACAAAUCUUGUGAACAUUGUUUCGUUGUUUCGGUGAGGGAUGAACUCGAGAGGGUAAGAGAAAAGGAAAAUACGGAGAGCUUCUAGAAGCAGGAAGAUGACCGUUGUCGAUUUGCGUGAAAGUUGUCAUGAAUCGGAGGGUUGCGAAUGAAUGAGAU